GGAUCUCAUAACAGACGCACUUGGGGCAAGUUAGUGCUUCGUAGAGGAAUAUGGUACAUGGUCUAUUUAUUGUCAUUAGUAUCAUUGGGCCACAAGAUUGGUGUCAGUCAUCAUUGUUGAUAGGUUCUUGCAAGGGAUGGUUGUCCCUUCUUUUGAUUGUUGCACGUAUAAACGUCCCAAAUUUAGAUUGAUAUUACAUAUUUGAAGCCCUUUGUCUCUACUUGGCUAUAAGAUGUACAUAAUCUUGAAAUAAGCUCCUCAGUUUUCCCGUUGCAUUUUGAUUUAAAUUGUGUGUCCUAUCUUUGCCUCCCCAUGUGCAUGUACACACGAAUGUUUUCUGCCAUUCCACAGAUGCUUUCUUGGUGCACAUCACAGAUUAAACAGGCCAUAGAUGA